GACGGGAAGCUCAAAUCAGCAGUCAGCCUGCGGAGAACGGGGAAGGGUUACUAUUCACCUACCCAAGUGGGAAGCUAUCGCCAGGGCCCCGAAUUACCAAUUUCAUCAGCCAAACAAUUCUUUCAGCAGAUGCCUCCAAACAUCUUCUGCAAGCGCUCGUAGCGGAUGCGCUCCCACAUUCUGACCGCCGCCUGCCCCUUGUUCUGAGUCGCCAGCCUUGUGCAGAGAAGCAGCCAGCAUCACGCUAUCCUCCAUGGUUUAGUCAGCCCGCUAGAUCGAUGUCGACAGGAACGGAUGCGCGGCGUUUCCAAUCAACGCCGGCCGCGCCUUGGGGAACAAUAUGUCGACGGGGAAUCAAGCUUAAACUGGCCUGCCCGUUCGGCAGCGGCUUGCCCUCCAAUUCCAGCGCCGGCUUGCUCCUUCAUGGCCUCACACGCUCCACAAGAAGCACCAAAAUCCGCGACAAUACGCUUCCCGACCUCUGUCACCACGCCUGCACACCCACCCUCCUCAAUGUACUCCGCCAAAUGACACGCAACCUCGCAUCACAUCUCCUUCCCACAACGUACUUACAAUACCUGGCAGAUCACCCCCGGAUGCCCGUUCACCCACCCUCCCCAACCCCGGUGCUCCCGACCUCCUCGGCAAAUGACUGCGUCGCGCAUUGUGACGAACCGGCCGGAUCCAGACGUAAAAGUGGAACGCCUCGUCACCUCCGAGCUCAGAUUGUUUGGAUUGGCGGUUUCAGGGCCUUCAGAAAUCUAGGCCACUUUGCGAAGAACGCAAAGGAGUUCUGGCCGAACCUGAUGUACAACCAGAGGCAGCAGAAGAUGGUAAUCAUCAAUGGUGGUGUUUUCCAUACAGUGGUGAUGCUGGAUGUGUGAUGGCUCUGGUGGGCAGGGCUGUAACCCCUGCAUCAGAUGUGGUGGCAACCCGAUCUGCCAAGGAUGUGGGGCACCACCCACAACAGAACCUGACGAUGUCGCCAAGCAGGAGAGAGAAUGGGAGAGACUCGAGUUGUCGAGAAGGGUUAUGGCGAUGGGCGGGGGUUUGCGGUCGCAUUCGUUGGGUACGACACUGUUAGGCCGGCGAGCUUACCGUAUGCGCCGAUAAUGAGGACGUAGAUGCCCAAGGGAAGAACCAGAGGUAGGAUUAGGGUGUCAUGCCCUGUUGAG